AUGUUGUUCAAGUUAAUUACCAGCACUCUCCUCUUCGGGACCGUUGCUAUUGCAGCAUCCCAAGAGCCAAACCAAUGCGAUGUUGCGUGUCAAAGUGGCUACCGUCAGCUUCUAGCUGCUGAGGCUAGCCAAUGGGUCAACCAAAACGUCACCACGGACGACUUCUACGCCAACCCGAAGAAUCUCUCUUCUUACUCUGCUGGUGAUCUCGUCAAAUGGGACGAAGUCCCCUCUGACCAGGUCUCCAAGAGAUGGACCUUACCAGGUGGAGUCACUAUGUCCCGCUUCUUCUACAUGACAGAGGAUAUCGACGGCAAGCCUAUUCCAGCUACAGGAUUUGUCCUUACUCCUUACUCGAACCCCCUUGGAAAGGACAAGCCAUUCCGUACACUUGUCUGGACUCACGGAACAGCCGGUGGCACCCGUCAGUGCGCACCUUCGAACCACCGUGCUCUCUACUACGAGUGGAUGGGACCUUUUGCCCUCGUCCAGCAGGGCUAUGUUGUUAUCGCUCCCGACUAUGCUGGCCAGGGCAGUGAUAUCCCUCAGGGCUUCAUGUACGAAUCUGGUGCCCUCCACGCCGGAGAUGUCAGCUUCGGCCUUAAGGCUGUGCGAACAGUGAUGGGCGAUCGAAUCACCAAGGAAUGGGUCGUCAUUGGUCACAGUGAGGGUGGUAUGACGGCUUGGAGAACUGCCGAGCGAGAGGCAAAGUCCGGCAAGGCUACAGGUGGAUUCCUGGGCGCGGUCGCUCUCGCUCCAGCUCUGCAGCCUAUCAAACUCAUCCCAGAGUCUUUCCGUCGCGCAAAGGACGGACCGGCUGGCGACGUUGUCUCCAUCUUCCUCCUCCAGUCUGUCUCGCGCCUCUACCCCUCUAUCAAAGUGGAGGACUAUGUCACCGAUACUGUCCUCAGCCGCAUCGCCCUCGCCGAUCAAGGCUGUCUCAUUACAGGAGCUGCCCUCUACAGCGGCCUGACCGUAAAGGAGCUUUACAAGAACACCAGCUGGGUCGAACACCCCGACUUCGUGGACUGGCAGAAGCGAUACAACGGCGCUGGCCCUCACGCUCUGGCUGCUCCUAUGCUUGUCAUCCAGGGUGAGGCUGACAUCCUGACCUAUGCCAAGUAUGCCGAGGAGGACUUCGAUGCCACGUGCAAGGAGUUUCCAGAGUCGACGGCUGAGUACAAGCUGUACCCUGACCUUGAUCACGGUACUUCGGCCGAAGCUUCCCAGUCGGAUUACCUUCCCUGGAUCCGAGAUCGCUUCGAGAAUGUCACUAUUGCUAAGGGAUGCAAGAAGGGAAUCGUGACUCCCGCUACCAAGAAGUUCGGCAUUAUUAGUCAAAGCUGGGUUGCAAAUCCUUGA